CUGCUUUUCUUGGCAGGAGCUGUUAAGCAAAAGAAGCCCGAGGCUGUUUCAGCAGCCGGACGGAUCGGUUUUCUCCUCUUGAUUAGCGCUGCUCGCGUCCAACGCUUUCUCCUCUCCAAACCCGGUACACGUCGGCGCCGAGCAAGCGGAGAAAACAGUCGUGAAUUUGUGCGCGCUCGGCUUAGUACGGCGAUGACUUCAAAGCCUGUCCUCUACUCCUACUUCAGGAGCUCGUGUGCCUACAGAGUUCGCAUCGCCCUAGCUUGGAAAAACAUCGACUACGAGUACAAAGCUGUGAACCUUAUCAAGGAUGGCGGCGAACAGCACUCGGCUGAAUAUAUGAAAGUGAACCCCAUGGAGCAAGUUCCAGCCCUGGUACACAACGGCGAGACAUUCACACAGUCUCUGGCCAUCAUUGAGUACCUUGAGGAGAAGUACCCCGAGCCAAGAUUGCUACCCAAAGACCCAGCACAACGGGCUAAGGUGCGAGCCAUAGCGGAAAUAAUUGCAUCCGGGAUUCAGCCCCUGCAGAACCUCAACGUUCUACAAAGACUGGAUGAGUCAAAAAGAAGCGAGUGGGCUGUCCACUUUAUUACCAAAGGCUUCAAAGCCCUGGAAGCCACUGUUUCCAAGACGGCUGGCAAGUACUGCGUUGGGGACGAAGUGACCAUCGCAGAUGCCUGCCUGGUGCCCCAGGUGUACAAUGCAAACCGAUUCAAGAUCGACAUGAGCCAGUUUCCCACGUUGUCCCGAGUCAGCAGUGCCCUGGAGAGCUUGCCCGCUUUCAAGGCAGCCCACCCCUCUCGUCAGCCGGACACACCCUCGGAAUUGCGGGAAGCGAAUUGAAUAACCACAAUUGAAGAAUGCCUGCAGUACAAAGGGCCUGGAUGGCACUUCACAACUUCCGAUUCAAGAACCAAAAUUUUCGACAAGGCCCGAUGAAGGGGGUUUUGUAACACUUCUGAAAGUGCUUUAAGUUCUUGUCUAUUUGUUCUGUCUCGAGAAUCGGCGUUUGUUUUUGUUUUUAUAUACGGAUGGUAUUUUUUGAUGUCGUGCAACUGUUGUAGGCAUUUUCUAAGCUUUUCAAAGAAUAAAUAAGUAUUUUCUAACGUA